AGUUGGGACGGUGGCGGACUUCACUAAUGUCUGCCUGCUCUUAGAAAGGUGCGUGCAGGGCGUGUGUCCCCAGUGUCCGCUUCGGUCGCCCGGUUAAGAAUGCACCUGUCGGCUUUGACGCUUGUAAAAAUUUGUGGGAAGAAACAUUAGUGACAAAGGUGGUAAAAGUAGAUUCAUGCUCUGGCAUAGUUUUCGUCUAAUAUAUUGUCGUGCGAGUUUGGUUCAUACACGUUGAUUCAACCCGGCUAGCUAGCUAAGUAGGAUAGCUUACUUGCUAACUCUGGCUAUUUAGCUAGAUUUUGGUGUUGGCUAAACAAGUCUAGCAGGAGAUAACCAGACUGAUUGUAGACAGUAUAACCAGUAUUUUUGAGAGACUAGGGGUGGCAAGCAGGCCGGGGGGUUGGGAGGAAAACGACGGGGGAGACGUGAGCCAGGAGCGGCCGAUGAGUUCGGACCAGGGCGGAGAGCCGCGGCUGCUGCAGGAGGAGGCUGAUCCGGGACCGAAGACCUGUGUGGAGGACGGGACACCACUUGGGAUCGGGGGGGGGUCAGGCGGCAUGGUCACCUCCAAGGGCGCCGGUCUGAACCCCAAUGCCAAGGUGUGGCAGGAGGUGGCUGUGGCCCCCGCUGAGGUCCCUGCUGACGGCGCACAGUGGCCCCCAGCUGACAUCACUGAGGCUGACAUCACUGAGGGUUAUUCCGAGUCUGUGUCCUCCCCUGGUUGUAAGCCGUACAGUGUAGGGUUCACUAUCCUGGAGGAUAGCAGCUCCUCGGCAGCAUCCACAGCUGAGAUCACUGUGAAUGGCAUGGAUCCCCCAGACCUGAGCUUCACCCCCGCUGAGACCACCACCGGCACCUCAGGGGAGACCAAGCUGACAGAGGAAAGGCCCCUCUCAUCAGAGAAUCUGAGAGAGUCCCUCAAGAAAGAGCUGGAGUUCUGCUUCUCUAGGGAGAACCUGUCCAAGGACCUGUACCUGAUGUCCCAGAUGGACAGUGACCAGUUUGUCCCCAUAUGGACCAUCGCUAGCAUGGAGAGCAUCAAGGCCCUCACUACUGACAUGGAGCUCAUCCUAGACAUACUCCGAUCCUCUCCAAUGGUACAAGUGGAUGAGAAAGGAGAGAAAGUGCGUCCUAAUCACAAACGUUGCAUCAUCAUCCUGAGGGAGGUUCCUGAGACAACACCUGUAGAGGAAGUGGAGUCUCUCUUUAAAAAUGACAACUGUCCAAAAGUGAUUAGUGUGGAGUUUGCGCACAACAACAACUGGUACAUCACAUUCCAAUCUGACACUGACGCUCAACAGGCACAUAGAUAUCUAAGAGAAGAGGUGAAAACAUUUCAGGGAAAACCCAUCAUGGCGAGGAUUAAAGCCAUCAACACGUUCUUUGCUAAGAAUGGCUACCGUAGCAUGGACAGCAGCAUGUACGUAGCCCAGCAGUCUGCCCAGACCCAGUCCCAGUACAACCCCAACCUGUACAUGCAGCACGUCUACAGCCCUCAGCAGCAGUACCCUCUCUACGGCAUCGUACCACAGACCUGGACACCCUCUCCUACACCCUACUUCGAGACUCCUCUGGCACCGUUUCCCAACAGUGGCUUUGUGAAUGGAUUCAGUUCUACUGGACACUACAAAACUGGCAACAACUCCCUUAAUAUGACUCGGCCCUUUAACAGAAACCGUGUACCUCUCUAUUCAAGAAAGAAUGUAAUAAAUGCCUUCAGGAACCACGUGAAGCCCCAGGUGGGGAGACCAGGCGAAGUGGUCCCUACAUCUGUGGCCCCUGUCUCCCUGGAGAGCUUGACCGGCCUGAGGAGCUCCCAGCCCCCCACCACUGUUCCUGGACCCCUGCAGACCCAGACACCUCCAGACUUGACCUCAGCCUUCCCCCACCUCUCCACCUCCUCGGACCUCAACGAUGACGGAAGCAUGGCUGGACGCGGAAGAAGGACUACAUACAGAGGCACACGAAGGAGGAGAGAGGAAGAGCGGAUUACGAGGCCCAUACCCCUGGCUGAGGUAAAGGUGCCGCCCCCUAAGUUUGACCUGGCUGCUACCAACUUCCCCCCGCUGCCGGGCUGUGUGGGCAGUACGCAGGGAGAGCCCCUACUGGAGAACAGGAUGUCAGACGUGGUGAGAGGACUGAACAGAGACAAGACGACGGAACAAGCAAACAAGGAAUCCAUCAAGGAAGUGGGUGCCGGCCCAGUCCCAACCCCAGCCCCAGUACAUGAGGAGGCAGAGUCUGUCUCUAGUCCUGCUCAACCUGCAGCCAAACCUGCUGCACACCCCCACGGACCACCCAUCCAUGCACCUGCCCCCAGUGUAUCCCAUCAGGAGGAGAAGGUGGAGAGGGUAGCAGAUCCCCCAGCCCCCAAAGUGACCCCACCCACACCCGCUCCCUGUGCGGCCAACCCAUCCGGACCUCCCUCCACACAGCCAGCUAUGCCUGGCCCCAAGCCUCAACCAAGCACAGUGCCCUCCACACCAGCUACACUGAGCACCCCAGCCACUACCGCUACCCCUGCAUCAGUGGAGCCCCGUAAACUCAGCUAUGCCGAGGUGUGCCAGCGAGCCCCCCCCCCAGGCCCCCCUUCCACGCCAGCCCAGCCUCUGCGUGAGCUGCGCGUCAACAAGGCAGAGGAGCCAGGCUCCAGCUCCACCACCACAAUCCCAGGCGACCACCCCAGGGGAGACCGGCAGGAGAAGGAUAGGGACGGUGGCUGGGAGUGCAAGGAGACCCGGCCCCGUGAUCGGGACCGGGACUUCCGGGAUGGAGGCUACUACCGCAGCAACGGGCCCUCCAGACAGGGAGGCUACGGGGGCCUCAAGUUCCGUGAACAGAGACGGGGCCCCCAACCGGCCUGCCGCAGCUCCCCUCAUGGAGGCCCCCGACACACUGGCAAAGAGCAGAACAUCCCCCCGGUAUCGCCAAAGUAAAACUUCCGAUAUGAAAAACGAAAACAAACAAAAAAGUAUGAAAUAUAUGUGGAUAUAAAUAUAUAUAAAAUGAAAUGCAUAUAAAAGCAACAAUCUUAACGGUAGCCGCCUCCUCCUGUCUGCCUCCUGGAGCAUUGUCCCAAAGAAAGAAAAAAGCUUUGUGAAAUGACAAUAAUGAAAUGAAAAUGGAACCCUGGGGACAUCCAGGAGAAAGUAGGGCAAAAAAAAAAAGAAACCGCUUAAGAAGUGUGAACUUUCAGUGAUUUUAAAAAGGAAAAAGAUCUCAAUUAGGCCUCGUAAACAAAUGUAUUCACAGAAUUUUAAAAUCAGUGAUUUUAAAAUCAAUGUGAUCUCUUUUGGAGGCCGUUUCAUUUUCUUUAACUGAGGAGAGGUGGGACACUGGGCCCUGUAUUAAGGCUCUCUACCUUUUUGAUUUUAAAGAAUAGAUGUUGGUCUGCAAGAAACAUAUGCACUGAAGAAGAAAAUAACAUACAUGCAUACAUGUGUACAUAUACAAAGAUAUCACUAACGCAGCGACGACGAGACAUCUUAUAUUUUUCUUUUCUUGUGAGCGUAGGUUUGGCAAGGAUGAAUGACUGGAGGUAAGACGGGUUGAUUUAAGAUGUCUGUUUAUGUGUUGAUUGCUGCUAAGCAAAUAGAUUGGGACAGAGUGCUACAGUUCAGUUUGCUGUUGCACUGAUGUUCAUGGAACGAACGAACGGCUCAUUGUGAUUCUAACAUUCGAGAAUCAAUUACCUGAAAUUAGGCGGUUGGAGAUGAUCCUCUGUUUAUUCAUUGAAAAAUAUAUAAUUUGAGCCUUGUUAAUUAUUGGUUCAACUGUUAUCCGUAAAAAGGUCAACAAAAUUAUCGGUAAAAUCAAGCUACAGUUUUAUGUCUGUGGUUUUUGCCCAGAGCUGUAUGGCUCUUGUUUGCGUAAGGAAGGAAGGGUGAUUUUUAUUUUAAGCUGAGGUCCACUCGGGGUAGGAGCACCUCACCGCGCGGUCCGACUCGCAGAUCGCAGUCUCCUGGUCCAAUGCUGUUCAUUUGAAAUGUCAUCUAUUUCUAUCUUUAUUUCCUGGUUUUUGUCUGGAUUUCCCCUCUAACAGAUUCAGAUCAUACAUACUGAUAAUCAGUCAGUCAGGCUCUCUGUUUACAACCUACUAUUCACAAUGGGAUUGUAGCUUAGUUAGGCUAUUUUUUGGGAAACCUAGGGAAUAGAUAUGUUGAUGUAUCCUGGGUAUCAGUCUGUUUUGGCUCUCUUGCCCUAACUCCGUAUGGAAUUGUCAUGUUUGGCUUGACAAUGACAGCAAUGGCGUUGGCAAGAGCACGAAUAGAUCUGGGACCAGGCUAAGGUUUAUGCGGUCAAACCUGACUGCCUGUGCUUAGGUUGAUGAGUUGACCUGAAUGGUCUUGGCAAGAUCUUUUUGGUUUCUCCACAUCAAUGCAGGAUAUUCAGGUUUAGCAACACAUUUUGUGUAUUGUAAAUAUAAAUAAAUGAUGGUAUAGAAGUAUCAGAUUCAGAAGUAGGCUAAAGAGUGCUGUUAGCUGAGAGAGUGAUUUAGCUAGCUUAUAUAAUACAUUUGGCAGCCAAGUAAAGGGGUUAAACAAUAUCAGCCCAUUUCCAUGUGCAAUGUGCCAGCUGCCUAUGAUCCUAGUUGACUUGGUAGGGUGAAAGCUUUGAAUGCGUCCCAAAUGGCACCCUAUUCCCUAUAUAGUGCACUACUUUUGACCAGGGCCCUGGUCAAAAGUAGUGCACUAUAUAGGGAACAGGGUGCCAUUUGGGACGUACAAGAGUUGAAUCGCUUGGAAAGGUUUGCUAGGUAAUGUAGUCGUUUGGGAAAUCUUUGUCCCAGUUAAUCUGAACAUGAGAACUGUAGAGGUGUAGUUGCCUAUGCUAUAUCAUAUUAUUAACCCUUCACUAGAGGCAUGUGGGAGAAUGUAUUUGUUCUAGUGCUGAACUUCCAGAGAAAGGGAGGCUGGCAUUUUUCAGACCGGUAUCUAUCUAUACACCACCGCAGAUUUUGUGCUUUUUAGGGUGAGUUUGCUGUUUUCAAAUUUGAUCAAAACGAAGACCGAAAUUUGACUUAGGUAUUUGCAGUUUGGACUUACUGGAGAACGUUAUUUGCUUUUUACGUUUUAUUUAUUUUAAUCCUACUGUGCAACGCUUUUUCCAAUCUUGGUAGGCUGGUUUCCCCAAAGUUGUGUGUGAAAUCGCAUUGGCAAAGAAUCACGCAUAUGACAUUUGUAUAUUGUUUGAGAUUUCAGCUGAGAGAAAUACUUGAUGCAUUGACUUUGGGUUUAGUAAUGCAGUUAUAAAUGAGUUAACCAAUCACCAAGGCGGUUUUUUCAUUAAUGAGUUUUGAGCAGCUAGUGAUGUAGUGUAAUGAAAUAAAUGCACUUGUUUUAAAAAAUAAUCUUACUGUUUAAGCAAUGUGAAAUCAUUUUAGAAGCAUAUGGUAAUGAUAUUGAGGUAGACAGGCUUGUGAAAAUCUACAGGAAUAGCUUUCUUCUCUCCCUAAUGUUUGGGUUCUUUUUUUUUCUGUUAAUUUUUGGGUUGCAACAAUUUUUGGGUGGCAACAAGGAAAUAUGGCAAUGGAUCAAUUAAGUGUUUGAGACACUAAAUUCUAAAACUCUGUAUGAAAUGUCACCCAAAAAAUAAAUUAUUUUGAUUUGG